AUGCGGUGGCAGGCACUUAGAAGAUUCGGUCAAAACCUGGUGCGUAGACGCAUGUUGGAGCCAGGCAUGGGCGACACCCGCCUUGCCAGAUGCCUAACCACCCUCGACUUAGUGGCCCUGGGUGUGGGCAGCACAUUAGGCGCAGGUAUGUAUGUCCUGGCUGGUGAGGUGACCAAAGAUAAAGCAGGGCCAUCCAUUGUAAUCUGCUUUUUGGUGGCUGCUUUUUCUUCUGUGUUGGCUGGACUGUGCUAUGCUGAGUUUGGUGCCCGGGUCCCCGACUCUGGUUCUGCAUAUCUCUACAGUUAUGUCACUGUAGGUGAACUCUGGGCCUUCACCACCGGCUGGAACCUCAUCCUCUCCUACGUCAUUGGUACAGCCAGUGUGGCCCGGGCUUGGAGCUCUGCUUUUGACAAUCUGAUUGGGAACCACAUCUCUGAGACUCUGAAGGGGACCAUCUCACUGCAUGUACCCCAUGUUCUCGCAGAAUAUCCAGAUUUCUUUGCUUUGGCCCUUGUGUUGCUGCUCACUGGAUUGUUGGCCAUGGGGGCGAGUGAAUCAGCCCUGGUUACCAAAGUGUUCACAGGGGCCAACCUCUUGGUUCUCGGGUUUGUCUUCAUCUCUGGCUUCCUUAUGGGAGACCCGAAGAACUGGAGGCUCACAAAAGAGGACUAUUGCUUGACCAUGGGUGGACCCAAUGACACUUGUAGCUGCGAGGCUAUGGGCUCUGGAGGUUUUAUGCCUUUUGGCGUGGAAGGGAUGCUCCGUGGCGCUGCUACCUGUUUCUAUGCCUUUGUUGGUUUUGACUGUAUUGCGACCACCGGGGAAGAGGCUCAGAAUCCACAGCGCUCCAUCCCAGUUCUUGGCCUCCUGUUCCGUGUCCUUGCUAGGGUACACAGUGGCACACGCACCCCCAUUGUGGCCACUGUGGUAUCUGGUGUUAUCGCAGCAUUCAUGGCCUUCCUCUUCGAGCUCGCUGAUCUUGUGGACCUCAUGUCGAUUGGGACUCUGCUCGCUUACUCCCUGGUUUCCAUCUGUGUUCUCAUUCUCAGAUAUCAGCCUGACCAGGAAAUGAAGAAUGGUGAGGAGGAAGUGGAAUUGCAGGAGGAGAAGACACUUGAAGCAGAGAAGCUGACUGUCCAGACCCUGUUUUGUCCAGUCAGCUCCAUCCCCAUCCCCCUUUCUGGCCGAGUUGUCUAUGUUUGCUCCUCAGUGCUUGCUCUACUACUGACUGUUCUUUGCCUGGUGCUGACAUGGUGGACAACUCCACUUAGUUCUGGAGACCCAGUGUGGGUCACAGUGGUUGUGCUGAUCCUGGGGCUCAUUCUUGGAAUUGCUGGAGUUAUCCGGAGACAGCCACAGAGCAACACCCCACUUCACUUUAAGGUGCCUGGUCUGCCUCUGCCCCCACUGGUGAGCAUCUUUGUGAAUGUUUACCUGAUGAUGCAAAUGACAGCUGGCACUUGGGCCCGAUUUGGGAUCUGGAUGUUGGUUGGAUUUGCUAUCUACUUUGGCUAUGGGAUCCAGCACAGUGUGGAAGAAGUUAAGAAUCGUCAAACCCUACCCAGACCAAGGACCCGAACUGUAGACCUUGAUCUCACCGCUUCCUGUGUUCACACCAUUUGA